AAGAAAAGCAAAUUCAUCACUUUAAGACGAACAUUUCCAUAUAUAUACGAACCGUAUGUGCAGCCAUUUAAGUCCUAGGAACAAUUUCAGACAAAACAUGACUGCAUCUACUUCCUCUACUCUUCAGCUCCUUCAGGAGGUCCUCGGAGGCAUCAACUCCAGAAGAUUACUCCUACAAAACCCACUUUACCAACUACCAAACACCGCCUCUUCUCCAGUUUCUACAAACACAAUCGACUCACCGUCAACAGACCAAUACCCUGGAGACAACAGCUUCGAUGCUAAUGUUGUUAUGGUCCUCUCAGUCCUUCUGUGUGCCCUAAUUUGCUCUCUAGGGUUAAACUCCAUCAUCAAGUGUGCUUUGAGGUGCUCAAGUUUUGUAUCCUCCUCAGAGUCUAGAUCAGCAGGCAACAACAACGCCACCUCAGCUAGGUUAGCCAACACAGGAGUAAAGAAAAAAGCCCUAAAAACGUUCCCGACAGUGAAUUACUCAGCUGAGUUAAAACUGCCUGGCUUGGACACGGAGUGUGCCAUCUGUCUAUCUGAGUUUACCGCCGGUGAGCGUGUACGCCUUCUGCCCAAGUGUAACCAUGGUUUCCAUGUCCGCUGCAUUGAUAAGUGGUUGAGUUCGCACUCUUCGUGCCCAAAAUGCAGGCACAACUUGAUUGAGACGUGUCAGAAGAUUGUAGGCUACAGCCAACCGAGCUCAUCGGAACCAGUUCAAGACACCAUUGUAAGCAUUGCACCACUUGAACCUGAAGGUUUCGUGCGUAGUUAUAGGGGUAUUAGCUAGCUGAGUUUGUGAUUCUUUUGUUAAGUAGUUGUAUAACUUUUAGUUAAUAUAUAUAAUGAUAUAUAUACAUAUAUGUUUAGCUUUCUGGGUUUGAGCUUUGUUCCUUGGGGGUUUUGAGCCUUCAUUUCACUUAGCCAACCCAAUAGCCAAUACAACGUGUAAUUAUUGCUUCUUGUGAAUUUGUAUAGUGUUUGCAAUUUGUGAAUUGUUCAA